GAUAAUACAUUCGACCUAUUAAUCAGUAAGGUUGAAAAAUUCAAGAUUUCAUGAAUCAGAUUAUCAUAGUUUUAUUCUUUGAAGUUGUGUAUAAUUGAGAGACAAAAAAAUGAAGGCCCAUAUUAUAUUGGCAUUAUACAUGCUUUAUAUAUUUGACGUAAGCUCUGCUGACAGUGGAGACGAUAUUAAAGCAAGAGUUGAUGCUUUGAAUAAAAGAAAUCAACAAGGGCUUCCCAAUCAAGUAGGAACCCAACGAAAUCAACAAGGGCUCCCUAAUCAAAUAGGGACUCAUCAUAAUGGAGUGAAGACAUCACUAAACAAUACUGAGAACAGAUACCCCAACUCAAAUGGGAGCUACGGAAACCAAAGCAAUCGUCCAUUGUAUCCAAACAUUCAAAGUCAAAACUCACCAAAUAAUCCAAAUGUAGGGAGCUACGGUAAUAGACAACCCAGUCAAUCAGGCACCAAUGAAAAUUUACCAAAUUUGGGCACCUACGGUAAUAAACAACCCAAUCAAUUAGGUACACAAGGAAAUGUUCCAAAUCCUAACAAUUUCGGUAUUCCUUAUCAAAACAAUAAUGGGUUGCCAAGUCAAAAUAAUUUUGGUAUACCUAAUCAAUUACCUAAUUCUGGAAAUCAAGGUUAUCCUAAUCAAGGUAAUAUGGGAUACCCAAAUUGGGCUAAUCCAGGACUAGGAAAUCAAAAUACAAAAAGUCCCAAUAGUCUUGGUUACUCUAAUCAAGGAUAUGGACAACAAGGUUAUGUAAAUCCAGGAAAUCAAGGUUAUCCCAAUGCUGGAAAUCAACUAUACCCCAAUGUCGGGAAUCAAGGAUAUCCGAUAACUGGAAAUCAAGGAUAUUCCGCCUCUGGAAAUCAAGGAUAUUCUGCCACUGGAAAUCAAGGAUAUCCUGCCACUGGAAAUCAAGGAUAUCCUGCCACUGGAAAUCAAGGAUAUUCUGCCACUGGAAAUCAAGGAUAUCCUGCCACUGGAAAUCAAGGAAAUGUUGGAGGUUAUAAAACUCAUCAUUAUUGAUAAGUUUCCAUUGAAAUGUUUGUUUAUAUUAAUUAUUAAUAAAAUCUAAUAUAUAUAUAUAUAUAUAUAUAUAUAUAUAUAUAUAUAUAUAUAUAUAUAUAUAUAUAUAUAUAUAUAUAUAGGCAUGAAUUCCAUUGAGAACGACACCUGUUUUCAAAACUGUCUGUUCUAAACUUAAUGUAGGUCAAUAGGUCAAUACAGAAUGAUAGAUUUCAA